AUGAGCAUCAUGCUGCCGACGACCACGACCCUUUCCACAUCCGAGGACGCCACUUCCAUGCUCGGCGCAGGCGUGCUGUGGCCACUUGUGUGUGGUACCCUGGGGUGCGUGGUCGCAAUCGCCUCUGUCCUCUGGGUGCGGCAGUCGCGGCGCGAGAAGCCACCGUCGCCAGUCGCGUCAUCAGACUCGUCGGUCAGCUCCUACUUUAGCUUGCGCAACGGACCGAGCGACCUCGGAGCCACAAACGAGCUGCUCCGAAGCACCAACCCGAUCUUCGAUCUGAUGGACUCGAUGACGACGGACCCGCCGUUUGAGACGUGCACUGAAUCGGCGUACUCGCUGAGCCCGUCGUUUGCGGGCGGCAACAGCAUCUCGACGACGCACUCGACCUUGCUCAACAGCAGCUACUCGGAAGACAUCUAUUGCAGCGUGCUCUCGGACCGGUUGCUCUUGACCGGAGGCCCGUCCGAGCUUUUGGAAGAAGACGACGACGCGUCACCCCCCCAGCUUGGCGACGACGACCAUUCGUCACUUUAUGACGACGACGACGACAAGGAGGAGGAUGACAGCAGCAGCAGUGCGAUUGAAGUGCUGCACUCGGGCUACGGCGUCGAUAUGGCGGCGCUCCAAGAAACCUCGUCCCUGAGCCCGUACAUGGACACGACACGCUUCCAGGCCAUGCUCGACACACCCGUGUACCUCGGCCAGAACGACGUCUGA